GUGGACCCUCGCAUUCAUUUUGCUGUUAGUUUCGGCUGCGUCAGUUCUCCUCCAAUUCGAAUUUAUCAUGCAGAGACGCUAGAUGAAGAGCUGGCGCUGGCGACUCGGGCCUUUCUUUCGUCUUCUUCGAAUUUUUGCAUUUUUGAAAAAACAGUUUUCCUCAGCAGCAUCUUCAAGUGGUUCGAAGGAGACUUUGGCAGCAGCAAAAAGGAGGUUCUGACCUUUUUGCUGCCAUACCUGGAGGCCCCUCAAAGCGAGCUGCUUCAGCAGCUGCUGGAAGAAGAUGAGCCUGCUGCUCACCCCGCAGCAGCAAGCAGCAGCAGCAGCAGCAGCAGCGGCAGCAGCGUGACAGAAGUGCUGAUGGGGGGCUUCAGGCGGUUGUUUGGGGGGCUGAGGGUUUCUUAUUUGCCUUAUAAUUGGCAGAUGAGGUUUACUACUCACAAACCCUACGACCCUAGCCAGCACAUCCUGUAA